CGCGCUACCAAUUUGCUACUCAGAUCAGUAUUUCAACAACGACCAACCAACGAUCCAGUUCAAAUAUAAGUCGGAUACCGCAGCUAAAAGACGUUAAAAAAAAGCGGACUCAUUUUGUGAGUUUCAAAAGCGGGCACGCGCGUCGGUAGAAUAAAACUCAAUCGUAUCGGUAGUGAGUGAAGCGAGUGAACUUGUAGGUGGUGCUGACGCGUAGACGACGACCGUCAGACGCACGGUUGGUUGUGAAGAUCGAUUAUGUAUGAGACGGCCAUUUGCAUAAAAAAACAUUUUAUUUGGAAAUGAAUUAUAUUUUACACCUGUUUAAAGUAUAAGUGAUAUUGAACUUGAAACGUAAUAUAAUAUCAAUAGGUGCAAAGUUUACCCAUACAAUUCAAUAAGUCUGCUUACCGACUUUCGGAAAAUAAAUCGAAUAAGUUUUUAUUACAUAUAUUUAGAAAAUAAAACUGCUCGCUCAAUAUGAGAAACAUACAUUUCCACAUAGUGACGAAAGUGUUGCUGCUCAGCUUUAUUUUCACAACCACACAGCUAUCCGCAACGGCGUCACAAACACCUGAGGUGGAAGAAGACUGUCCGCCUAUUUCAAAUGCCACAAAUUUACAACAAACGCAACUCAUCCAGCGAUUAACCCACGUUUGUCGUUACGAUCGCCUAGAGCGACCAAUUGAAUAUGGGAAAAAUGGCGAACGUCUGCCCGUUACCGUUAAGGCGCGCAUUUACGUGUACUUCCUACAAAACCUCAAUUCGGAUUUACUGCAAUUCAAAAUGCAUGCCCUACUACAAUUAAGCUUUAACGAUAGCCGUCUUUCUUACAAGGAGUUGAAGCGAAAUGACAACAUCAUCGGACAGAAACAUCUGAGCGAACGAUUAUGGUUACCUCACAUAUUCUUCGCCAACGAGCGCGACUCCAGCAUAUUGGGUACAGAUGAGAAGGACGUGCUGACGUCAAUAUCACCUGAAGGUCGUGUGGUUAUAUCGCAACGCCUACAGGCGACUCUCUAUUGUUAUAUGAAUUUCAAGAAGUUUCCAUUCGAUGAGCAAUUCUGUUCGACUGUGUUGGAAAGCUGGAUGUACAACAAAACAGAAAUGGUGCUCGAAUGGGAAUCCUAUUCGCCGAUCUCAUUUGAUCCAGAAAUGCAUCUCACCGAAUAUAAUAUGCAACGUUUUUGGUAUAAUGAGUCAAUUGUGAACUCGAAUGGCAUAAAUUUGCGACAUGGUUCCUUUGUCGGCAAUUACAGUUCACUAAGUUUUACCGUUCAUCUUAAUCGUGAGAUCGGUUUCUAUCUACUGGACUAUUUUUUGCCCUCAAUGAUGAUCGUUGCCAUUUCAUGGGUCUCAUUCUGGCUGCAAGCUGACCAAUCGCCACCGCGUAUUAUGUUGGGCACUAGCACCAUGCUAUCAUUUAUUACCUUGUCUUCCUCGCAGACUAAAACUUUGCCCAAAGUCAGUUACAUAAAGGUAUCUGAAAUUUGGUUCCUUGGUUGCACUUUCUUCAUCUUCGGAAGUAUGGUGGAAUUCGCAUUCGUCAAUACGAUUUGGAGACGCAAAGAGAAUGUUGAGUUGAAGAAGGUGAAUAGUAAAUACAUUGUGAAGGCAUCGUUAACACCUCGUCCGACACGGCGUGAUAUAAAUAAGAACAAUCUUUCGCGAACGCGCUCUUGUUCCAGUCUCGAUAAUAUUACAUCAAGCACGGAAAGUGUAUUGAAGGGUCAUUCCAAUCCAGGUUACAACAAUUACUUAACUGUGCAUAACUUACCUAUAAUUACCACCGAGUGUGCGGACACACCUUCCGUGACGAGUGACCGUAACAGCAAUUGUACCGAUCAUGUUGUUAAUAUAGAGAAGGAUGGACACUUUGGAAUGAAUGGUAGCACGGAUCAAGAACUUGCUGAUCAUACCACAUUUACAACAAUGACACCGCAAGAGAUUGCCAUGUGGAUCGACAGACGCUCACGAUUUCUAUUCCCAGUCAUGUUUCUGGCUUUCAAUGCACUCUACUGGACGUUUGUUUAUUGCUUUUGAUGCUGUCUAACGAAGUUGUCUCGAAACAAAGUUGAUAAGAGGAUUCUAGUAUUAUUUAUGAAUUAAGAAAACGCAUACAUUUUUUACUACACACACGAAUAUCAUAUAUUUACGCCAAAAAGUAUUUUUAAGCUAGAUUAAAUAUGCUCAGCAAAGUCUUUCACGCGAUUUUUAUGUCCGCAAAACUAGUCACUAAGUCUAUGACAAUACAUACAUAUGUAUAUACAUAUAUAUAAAUCUCAUGCAUCUAUACUAAUUUAGAAUAUACUGUAAGAAAGACAUUCUACCAAUACUUCAACCCACGAUAAAACAUAGUAAGGUAAAACCGCUGAGAGUCACUUUUAUCGUUUUUGGCGUUUUCAAAGCAUUUAGUCUCACACUCUGAUUUUCUUGUUUGUUUUGGUUUGAUUCUUUCAUUCAAAUAAAUUGGAAAUCAAAUUGUAUUUUCUAUGCCGUUAAAACGCGUAAAAUUCUGCUAAAGGCAAGAAAAAUCUCUACUUUCAUAUAAAUGGAUGUCCACAAUUACAUAAAUAAUUGACGAGUGCGCGUAGGUACAGCCGAAUACUUUUGCCACGUCUGCACUCCAAAGAAUGUAUGCUUCAAUGUUCACUCAUACAAGGCACUUCGCCAGCUUUCAAUAAAACCAGUUUUUUCCUGUGCGCUUACAUUCAAAUACCGCCAAAUUCUUUGGCCCCAUCUUCGCUCCUGUGCACUUAUUUGAAAAUUUAUUUAUGUAAAAGAUAUUUCCAAAGACCCGCCUAGAACUUAUUUUAAAAUAAAGCACCCUAAAAUAUAGAGUAAUAUAUAUUUUAGAUUUUUUUCUUUUUCUUCUAGAUAUAAAAUGCAAUAAAUAAUCGAUUUAUGAAUGCCUAAUUGUUGAGAACGUCGAGAUAUCAAUGUUGAAGGUUGUUCAGCAACUCUUUGCCCUAAAGCAGCAAUAUGAACCAACCUCUGCCAGUUUUCUAUACUCGACAGAACCAAUUUCUUGAAAUGCUUUCAUCAACCUUUAUAUUGUCGACUCAUUCGGACGGCUAUUCCUGCCAAAAAAAUUAGGGAUUUUGAUAUAUGUUGUUCUUAAAGCAUUUGCUCGUUUUCAUAAUAAGUUUCCAUAAUUUUAUCGCGUUUCUCUCAUGUAAAAUUGUGCAUCUGUGUACUUGAGAAAGGUCAAAGACGACAUAGAAAAGGUACCGUCUAGUCACUGAAAUCUAAACAUCACGUUUGAAAGAUGCUUUUUAUACACAUAUAAAGAACGUUAAGUAUCCUAAUGGGAAAUAAAACAAAUGCUUUGGUAGAAGUAAUUUUAUUUUUUUAUUCGUUUGGAAAAGGUAUACAUAUCGCACUUGUUACGUUAAAGCGUAACAACUCAAAAUCUGAACAUUUUCAGUAGAGACGAAAAACUGUUUCCGUAAAUAUUAAUAAUAUAGGCAUUACAAGGAAAAAAAUAUGUAAUUACACGAAAAUAUCAUUAAAAACAAUAUAACGGUUGUUUCAUUCUUAUUUGUUUAGUAGUUGCGCUAAAAUAAAUUUUGAGUUGUUACUCUUUUAUUUUUCAUUUUGAGUUGUUACGCUUUAACGUAACAAGUGCGAUAUGUAGACUCAAUCUCAAGAACAAUUUUAUAUUUUAAAUUGAAUGUUUAUAUUUAUAUUUGGAUGCUUUGUUAUUACGCGAGAUUUGCAUAUUCUGAUGAAAGACUUUAUAGUCUGGCAAACUUAAAAAAAAAAUCAUGGUCGACGAAUUGAGAGAACGGUUCUACCUUACUAAGCUUUUAUCAUGAUUCUACGAAUACUUUAACCACUGUACGCCUAUGUGUACAGGCCCAGCGCAAAGAUUUUACAAUUUUUACACAUGUCAUUUUAUCUAAAAUAAAUAAAUGUUACUAUUUUAAGGAAUGUCUUCUUGAUUUCUGAACGUUAAGGUCGUGCAGAAAAACAUGUGUCACACUUUAAUGGCUUGGAAAGUUUUCACAUCCCUUAUCACCAAGUAAUUUUGUUGUUGUUGGCAUGUGAUGAUUCAAAAAAUUACUCAUCAAAGCCAUUGAAAAACAGAAAAAGGUUUCUAAAUUUCAUAGAAAACUUAUUUACAGAUACUUAGUUGAAUCUGAUUUUUAAUUGAUAUCAAAUAUGUUGAUAAGUGGUAAAAAAAUAUUUUUUUAUUAUUAUCUUAUACAAAGUUUAGAGAUUUAGAUGAGAUAAAAAUUAUUGUCAUAUGCUUAUUUAAAAUAAUUUGAAAUGGUAAAAAUCCGACUUCGUAUAAGUAGACAACUAAUAGGAAAUGCGAAAACGAAUUAGAUUAAUAUUGCGCAAUAAGGAUAAUUUAAUAAAUGUAUUUGGUAAAGAUAAGUUAAUGAUAGCUGGUCUUAAAAUGUUAUAGGUUAAGCCAAAAGUUCUCUCCAAAAUGAAUACAACAAAUAUUAUACACAUUAAUUACCAAUAAAUCCACAAAUUUAAUCUACCCUUCACAUAUGGCAGAUUAUCUUCAAAAUUGACAAUCAGCUGUCAGUUCUGUUAUGAAAGGUUUUUCUUCAGAGAAACUAUUUUGGUGAAAAAUUUCGGUGUUUUUGGUUUGUUUAGUAAUUAUUAACGAUAUGAGAAAAAGACAUGGAAAGGGAAUGAUUUAUUUAAUUGCACAAUUGGCUGCUAAAAAUAAACAGUUGGAGGAAAUCCGUAAACGACGUCUACUGUGCGUCUUGAUGUUGUUCCACAAAUGGAGGGAUCUACAGUUUCAAGCCGACUCCGAACGGACUUGUUCGUACAUACAUAUGAAAUUGGGUCCAAGAAAAUUGUUUUUCUUUUUUUUGUUUCCUUCUUCACUCCUCUGGGAGCAUAGGGCUAUCGACAAGAUGGACUGCGAUCAUAAAACGAUUCUCAGUCACCUUCAUUCAAUAGGAUUUACCGAAAAAUUUUAAGCCUGGGUGCGUCACGAGGUCAACGAAAAAGACAAAGAAACUCGCCUUCAAAUUCCUUCUCAGCAUCUCGCCCGCCAUCGAGCAAUACGCUGUCACUAACAGCAGAUGAGAAAUGGACCCUAUACAUCAAUAUGAAGCAAAGAAGGAAGUGGGUGGCUCCAGGAGAUACACCAAAGCCGAGAAUCAAGCCGGAUCUUCACCCAAAGAAGAUUAUGAUAUACGUUUGGUCGCAUUGAAAACACAUCCGUGUUGAAGCUCCAUCUCACACCGGUUCUGAUUUUUUUAAUCACAAAGAGUUUUCAGCAUUGUAGUACUUGCGGCAAUUAGUGCUCAUCGCGGCUUCAUUUACAUUGAUGCGGGUAGUAAUGAAGAGCGUCUUAUGUAUAUCCUGGUAUACAAAAAUAGUUCGGAAAGAUGACGAGAUGGAAAUCAGAAAUAGCUGAACACAAAUGUAUAGUGGCUGUCUUCUUAGACUUUAAUCGAAACAAUCGACAGAAGCAUUAUGAUAAAAAAAUGACAAAAUACGGAAUACAAGGAGAUGAACGAAAAUGGUUCGGAAGCUACUUGAACUACAGAAGGUAGUGCACAAGGAUAUCGGAUUGGAUGUGUGACCAGAAAUCCAUCGACCUCAAGGAGCGGUGCUGGGAACACUUCUAUUCCUCAUAUACAUCAAUGAUACGGAAAAAGUGUUACGUGGAGUCGAGAUCUGCCAGUUUACUGAUGAGACUCUACUGCACAUACAUAUACAACUGGUAGUUCAACGCAUGAAUCAUUGAAAGAAUAAACACUAAUUCAUAAUAUAUAAAGUGUUUUCCAGUAAGAGGUGUUAUUCCCUUAAAAGAUCAAUGGUUUCGUUGCUUGUGUGGCACGUAGCGCCGUCUUGUUGAAAAUAAACGUUGUCCAGAUCAAUAUCAUCCAAUUAAGGCCAUAAAAAAUUGUCAAUCAUCUCUCGAUAGCGCAAUUCAUUCACCGUAACUGUUGCUCCAGCUUCAUUUUCGAAAAGUAAGGUCCAAUGACUCCGCCGGACCAUAAACCGCACCAGUCACACGUUGAGGAUAGAGAGGCUUUUCAACAAUAACUCUUUGAUUUUCUGAGCCCCAGAUCCGACAAUUUUGCUUUUUGACGAAGCCACCGAGGUGGAAAUGGGCCGCAAUACUCAAGAUGAUUUUUCGAUGGAAUUCCGAAAAUAUUUGAAAAUAAAAAAGCGCCGCAGGCUAAAAUUUUGACUUUUUUUUGUUUUCAAAUGUACAUACAUACAUGUUACAAAAACAAAUAUUUUUACAAAUACCGAAAAUUUGGAAUAAAAAUCGCGCGAUUUUCAGUAUUUGUAAAAAUUUUUUUUUUUUGUAACAUGUAUGCAUAUUCGAAAUCGAAAAAGCUCCCCCAUAAAUAAUAAAAAUAACAGGAAAAAGAAAAUUCGCUUUGUUCUCUCAUCGUUCGUUUGACAGUUCGCUCCUCACAUUUAUUCUGCACGGUAUUAUAAACGUUUAGAAGAACAUUUGUAAUAAUAGAAUUUUAAUAGAACUUUCAGUAUUAUUUAGUAAAAAUAGCUUUAAAUCAAAUUUUCAAUUAAUAAAGAGUGUUUAUAAGUGAAUAUUGUUACUUUUCUGUGUUUGUACUUAAGCAAAAUAAGCGUCUGUAAUAGGACAUUUUUUCAAGCUUAUGCAAAAAAGAAGCAUUUUUAACGUUAAAUAUUGCUAUUAAUUACACUUGCUACAAUUGCAAUCACAUAUUAUAUCUAUUCUGAAUUCUUUGAAUAUUUAAAUUUGCUUAUUAAAUCAGCGCGUGUGUACACCGAACUAAAAUCACUGAACGUUUUAUCAAAACAUGUCGAGACUUAAUUGUUCAUUUUAAAUCAACUGUCAAAUUUGAUUGAAUGCGAAGGACAAUAUUUUAAACGUGAGCAUUGCCUUGUUAUAUUAUCAUUUUGAAAAUGUCAAGUAAGCCAGUAGGUUGUAUCCGCGCUCUUGACUGUUUGAAAACAUGGUUAAUUUAAACGAUGAGGAGGAAAGAAGAACGCCGAGAUUAUAGGGGAAUCUUCUUUUGUAAAGGCACAUGCACAGUCUGUAAUACUAAAAUUAUUAAAGAU